GUGACGUAGUUCGUUAAUCCUCUUACUUUAAUUAGGCUGAAGCGGCAUUGAGCUUCUGUUAACCACGGAGGUCUCAUAAAUCAAUUUGAGUGCAAGAGAAGACAAACAAAGACUGUGGAGUGUGAAAUCAUUCUGAGGUGAGGUGGAGGUGUUUGUCUCCUGCAGGAUGCUGCUGCCUCGGCGGAUGCUGUGGGGCGCUGUGAUGCCUCAUAUCGCUCCGCGUCUGACCUACAGCACUGCAGCUCAGCAGCAGGUAAAGCCAAAAAAGACGUCGUUUGGCCCUUUGAGUGAUGAAGACCGGAUAUUCACCAACUUAUAUGGCCGGCAUGACUGGAGACUCAAGGGCUCACUGAAACGAGGAGACUGGUAUAAGACAAAGGAAAUCCUACUGAAGGGCACAGACUGGAUCCUGAAUGAGGUGAAAAUCUCAGGGCUCAGAGGCAGAGGAGGAGCAGGCUUCCCCACCGGCAUGAAGUGGAGCUUCAUGAACAAACCCAGCGAUGGCAGGCCUAAGUACCUGGUGGUGAAUGCUGAUGAGGGAGAGCCUGGGACAUGUAAAGACCGGGAGAUAAUGCGUCACGACCCCCACAAGCUGAUAGAAGGUUGCCUGAUCGCUGGGAGAGCCAUGGGGGCCCGCGCUGCGUACAUCUACAUCAGAGGAGAGUUUUACAACGAGUCUUCAAAUAUACAGGUGGCUAUCAAUGAGGCAUACAAAGCAGGGCUGAUAGGGAAGAACGCCUGUGGCUCUGGCUUUGACUUCGAUGUGUUUGUGACGCGAGGGGCAGGAGCCUACAUCUGCGGGGAAGAGACGGCCCUCAUCGAGUCUCUUGAGGGCAAACAAGGAAAACCCAGACUCAAGCCGCCAUUCCCUGCAGACAUAGGGGUGUUUGGAUGCCCGACAACAGUUGCCAACGUUGAGACGGUUGCUGUGGCGCCUGCAAUCUGUCGUCGAGGGGGAGCUUGGUUUGCCAGCUUUGGGAGGGAGAGGAACUCCGGAACGAAGCUGUUCAACAUUUCGGGUCACGUAAACACACCAUGCACGGUGGAGGAAGAGAUGUCUAUUCCUCUGAGGGAGCUAAUCGAGAGGCACGCAGGAGGAGUGAGGGGCGGCUGGGAUAAUCUAUUAGGAGUGAUCCCAGGGGGGUCUUCCACUCCCAUCAUCCCUCGCCAUGUGUGCAAUGAUGUUUUGAUGGAUUUUGAUGACCUGGUCCGUGCAGAGACUGCACUGGGAACCGCUGCCAUCAUAGUUAUGGAUAAAUCGACUGACGUGAUCCGAGCCAUCGCACGUUUGGUUGAGUUCUACAAACAUGAGAGCUGUGGCCAGUGCACCCCCUGCAGGGAGGGAGUGGACUGGAUGGACAGCAUAAUGUGGAGGUUUGUUCGAGGAGAUGCAGCAGCUUCAGAGAUUGAUAUGAUCUGGGAGCUCAGCAAGCAGAUCGAGGGACACACCAUCUGUGCCCUGGGGGACGGGGCUGCCUGGCCCGUGCAGGGUCUGAUCCGUCACUUCCGGCCGGUCAUGGAGAGCCGCAUCGCUCAGUAUAAUGAGAAAAACCCUCCGAGAGAGCCAGAUAUAGAGAUGAUUUAAAACUGGAGGUGUUUGUUUCAACCGUCAGUGUUUCAUAGCUCUAAUAAUACCAUUAUACAAUAUACAGCAGUUUAUUUUUUUAACAUAGUUUUAGAUAUGAAAAUACUUAAGUACUGAUUUAGGUUGUACUGCUUUAAAUGAUCUUUCUUCCACAUUUAAAUGUUCAUGUUUUCCAUGAAGAUAAAGUCUGUUUUUUUGUCAUUAGCAGCAAGCUCGUCACAUAAUCCACUUUUUAUUUUAAGUAGAACUGUUGACAAAUAAUCGUCAGAUGGGAGGUUUUGAUGAUGUAAAAAAAAAAAACCUUACAAAUUAACACAAAAUCAAACACAGCAAUAAAUUAAGUUUAUUUAUUUCAUAAAAUGAAAUCAAUUCAAUAGUUUUACUACAUAUUAGUCCGAUAUGAUCUGUACAAAAUCCCCAGAAAAGGAAGAGUUGGUGUCACUGACUUCAGGACAGGGAGUAAGGAAGGGGGGGGGACAAAGUACAAAAAGCUGUACUAGGGAUAAAAUGAAAAAGUGGUCAGUGUUGUCCAACAUCAUUGCCUUGUGAUAUUGUUUUGUAACAAAGAAACAAUUUCCAACACUUCACUUGGCAAUGGUUUCCAGACCAUUCUAAAGAAAACUGCAGGCAGAAUAUCGUUCAUCUGGCAAUCUAUAUACAGCCACAAAAUAGUUUGGAGUGUCCGUCCUGCAAAUGUUCCUCCUCAAACUAUAUGUGUGUGCUAACAAACAGUAAUCCAAAACAUUAGAAUGCCUAUUUAGAUCCGAGAACUAAACAAUGCUGCAACCAACACGUAGCUGUUAGGACUCAUCCUGUGGUGAGAGGUGGAAAAUCACUGUUUGAGUGAACAUCCUGUGAGACUCGGCACACAGCACUGAGGGACUUUUAGAUUCUUAGAUUCUUCCUGUUUUAGGGUGCCAUCCAGAAAGGCAUGGACUGCUGCUGUGGCUGUGCUUUAGCACGAGGGGGUGGUGGAGGAGGGCAGCGAUAGCCCUGUGUCCAGCCUGAGGAGGAGGUGGGGGGGGCUGCCCCAGGGUUACCUUGCCCUGAGGCUUUAGAGGCUGAGUGGUCCUCCUCUUCAUCAGAGGAGUCGCCGCUGUAUGCCACAAGACCAGUUUUCAAUCUCUUCACCGAGGGCUCUGAAAGAAGAAGAGAAAGCACGCAGAAGAGAGGAAGAGGCGGCACAUUUGGAGAGAAACAAAGAGGAACAUGGGGAGAGAAAAAAAACACAAAAAACAGCAGCGACAUGUUUCCAAUAGGACAGAUUUAAGUGAAUUAUUCCAAACACAUUUUGGGAGAAACAAAUAGUUAAUAGAUUUAAAUCAUAGUUUGUAAGCAGAGUAGAGGAGAGGGCAGUCAUUCGCCAUUGGUUGGUGGGGAGCGACAAUGUUAGGGCCGUCCAAUCGAGCGGCAGGAAAGUCGCAUGACGAGUCGUACCCCACCCCCAAUCAGAAUCCAGCAUCAUCCCAGAGAUACAUGGAAGAGAAGAAGAACACAGAGAAAAAGAGAAAAACACAAAAACAGGAGAGAUUCUUGUUAGUGAGGAAAGCAAAAAUAACUAUAGACAAACCCCGGACUGAUGAUGUCAUCAGAACGGGACGGCAAGGUUGACUCUGAUUUAUCAGACAAAGGAUUGUACAAUGCACAAAAGAUGUCGAGGUAUAGCUCCGCCUCACUAUCUGGAGAUUUCUAGUCACAGCAGCAGAAUCCUGCGAGGAUCCUAAGAAGCAUAAUGCCCAGUAAAGGCCGAGGGGGGGGGGAGUAUUUAUCUAAUCUGCCACAAACACUUCUUUAUAGAAAUACAAGCUAUUUUGGGCCAACUAAGUCUUUUUUAUACAUCUCCUUGGGCUUUAUGAAACAGCUACAGUUUACCUCUUCACUUAAGUAAAAGCACUGACGUGUAGUGGCCCCGGAGAGGAUUUACAGGAUUUACAUUUUACUCUUGCGGCCCUACAUUAAGGCUGUGAAUAGAUCCAGGCUGAGCUUAUAAAGGGCACAGUCCACAGUCAGGAGCUGUGGAUUUGGAUUUGGGCAGGGAUUUGUCAGUCCACAGGAUAAUGCCCUUACCCACGGGGCCUUGCGGUGCUCUUUUCUCCUCCAUCUUGGGUCUCACUCCAUUCACAGGCAGCAGAGGUGGAGGCAUUAGCUGCCGACUGCAGAACCAAAGAGAAAGGGGGUGAGUUAACCCCACUUACUGGAGCUUGCACAUUAUUUAUAUAAUCAAAAGAUACAACCAUUGCACUUUACUUGGCCAAUUCCAUUAUCUGAUUGUUUUGCCCAUUCACAUUUUUUUUCUUUUCAAGAACUAUAAUUGAUAGCAUUCACAAACACAUUAGCAACAUAUCUUUCACGGGACAUUUCAAUUCAAUCAUACUCUACACUUCUUCAUAAGGGCACCCAGUUACAGGACCUUACGGUUGUCAAAGCCUUGUUUUUAAAAAGGUCUUUCCAUGUCAAUGUGGACUUACAAGUGUUGAGGAACUUCCAAAGAGAUGACAUAAUUGUCUGUGCGAUAACAUAAAUGAUGUAUGAGAAUGUUUGGGUCUGAUCAGCAUUUCUUAAACAGAUGUAACAGAACUCCGUGUACCUGUCCCUCUCACUCGGUUGGCCAGAGGAACUCUGUGUUGCUGGUCCUGCGGUCUCUGGGCUGCCCACUGGGAAGCCUGCACCUAAAUUAGUCAUAUGAAUGGGUCCAUGCUAUGAGCAGAAAAACACACAGGCGCGAUUAGCACACAUCCUCCGCUAAACCCUGUCCUGACACUAACUAAUGUCUCAAUAAC